GUACUGCUAUAAAAGACUGGGUUGUGGUACCACAAAAAGAUGGCAAUAGAGCGAAGAGAAAUGAUGCAACUGAACAUCAUCGUCGCAGCGUUCCUAGGUGCUGUUUCACUUACGACACCAGCCGUUUUUGCGGACCCCGGACCAAACACGCAAAAUGAUGCCCGCGACUUAUUCAAGGUAUUUGCGACACACCCCUCCGGUCUCGCAUUACUGGAUGCCGACGAUGAUGGCGACCUCGACUGCAUGAAGGCAGUGCGAACAAACUAUGAUGAGAGUGGACCAUCUGCUGAAUAUGUUUGGAUUCUUAAAGGACUCAACGGCCAUCCGAUGAAGAACAUCACCGUCCACUUCGAGAAAGGAGACACACCCGACAAGGCUGUGGUCACCGUAGACAAUGCUCAAGACCAGAAACUGGAGGCGAGAGCCAUCUAUGCCGACUUUCACAGCUGCGCCGUAUUGGAUAUACCGUAUAACAGCAAACCACGUAAGAAAGAGAUGUGUUACUGCUUACAUACAUGGCGUUGCCUCCUGUGGGUGACGGAAGAGGCAAAGGACAACAUUCCAAGCAAAUGCCAUGAAGAGUUUCUUAAGAACUGCAACACAGAAAGUAUUAUUUACGAUAAGGAGACUUGCGAUCAAGCGUAG